GCUGGUCGAUCUAUGCCGCCAACGCCGCCUCAACCUAGACAAGGCUCGUGCACUGUACCAAUUUGUCCAAGAUCAUGAAGAAGAGCUGUCGUGGCUUUCUGAGAAAGAACAUCUUUGCCGUCGAGCGCUUGCAAACGGCGAUGUAGCGGCAGUUCAGCAGACCACUCUUCUUUAUAAGAAUACUGAAACCGAGAUGCAGUCUCACUGGGCACGAACAAAAGACAUGAUGGCCGCUGGAGAACGCCUGAUCGAAAAUGGACAGUCGCGCGAAGAUAUCCAGCGUCGUAUUCAAGCGAUGCAGCAAGGUUGGGAACGACUUCGAGCCGCUCAUCAAGCUCUUGGUCAGUGGCUGAACGAGGCAAAACAGGCCCAGCAAUAUUUCCAGGUACGCCUCAAACUUUCUAUUGCUCAGUA